AUCCAGUUGGAGGAAUCCGGAUGUUUAGCUUGGGAAUUAUGCGAAAUGGCAAGCAAGUGCCGAUGAAUACCAACAAAGCAGUGCCGCCCAAUCUAUCCUAUCCCAGACUCUGUGGUGCGUUACAUGGUCUCGUAAUGUCGUUGAGAAAAGAAGUAAGAGAUAUAAAAGGCAGAGACGUCUCACUUCUUCUGCGUGGUUCACCUCCAGUCCAUCAGUCACCACACUAUUGUUUCCAAACACAGACAAACAUACCCUCAACAGCCAGCCAUCAUGCGCUUCGAUCUCCUUGCUCUCUCGGCCUUCGCGCCGCUCGUUGCCGCCCACGGUGCCGUAACCAGCUAUAUCAUCGAUGGCACUACCUACCCAGGCUACGAGGGUUUCUCACCUGCCAGCUCCCCCAAGACCAUCCAGUUCCAAUGGCCCAACUACGAUCCGACCAUGACUGUCUCCGACGCCAAGAUGCGCUGCAACGGCGGUACCUCCGCCCAGCUGAGCGCCACCGUGCAAGCCGGCUCCAACGUCACCGCCGUCUGGAAGCAAUGGACGCACGAACAAGGCCCCGUUCAGGUGUGGUUGUUCAAGUGCCCCGGCGCCUUUGGUCCGUCCUGCAAGGGCGACGGAAAGGGCUGGUUCAAGAUCGAUGAGAUGGGCAUGUGGGGAGGCAAGCUGAACAGCGCAAACUGGGGAACCGCCUUGAUUGUGAAGAACCACAAAUGGAGUAGCGAGAUUCCCAGGAACAUGGCACCCGGGAAUUACCUGAUCAGGCAUGAGCUGCUGGCUCUGCAUCAGGCCAAUACGCCGCAGUUUUAUGCCGAGUGUGCGCAGAUUGUGGUCCAGGGCUCGGGCAAUGCGGUUCCGCCUAGCGAUUAUUUGUAUUCAAUCCCGACCUAUGCGCCUCAGAAUGACCCCGGCGUGACGAUCGAUAUCUACUCGAGCAAGGCCACAACAUAUACUCCUCCUGGUGGUCGCGUUUGGUCUGGAUUCCAGUUUUAAAAGAUUCGGGCAUGGCUGCAUGGCCCCAGCAGUGACAAGACAAAUAAUCAUGAUGAAACACAAGUGCCUCUCUAGCAUCCAAAGGUUUGAUAUGUAGGG